AUGCACCCUGGAGCCCUGCCGUUAGCUCGUGCUCAGACGGGACAAAAGCCGCCAGUGUUCUGCGCAGCACAAGAGGGGCUCACAUCUCACUUUACCAGGGCAGGGGCGUAUCAGGAGCCCUAUCCCAGAUCCAAGCUGAGAGCCCACACAAUGGUCGCGGCGGAUCAAAGAGCAGCAGAUGCACGACACUUGAAUUACGCUGUCCGCUACAUUGUGUCGGUGCGAGAGACGGCGGGGGCUCUCAGCGUCGCCACGAUUAUGAGGGAAAGUGACAUGUAA